AUGGCGUCGAGGCUCACUCUCACGCCACCUUUCGAAGCCGAAAACGCGUUGGAAACGUCGCUGAGGGAAGCCUUCGAGUCUCUGAAACCAUCUCUGAGACCCCCUUUCUCCGUAGCCAUUCCAACCCCCGACCAAUACACCCUCCUCAACCGCGCGAUCCUUCAUGGCGUUUUAACGGAACCCCAAUUCGCCAAAACCCACAUCAAACACUUGCACGCCCUCGUCACCGACGGCUACGCCACCUUCGUGAACCUCCUCCUCAACCUCGUCAAUCAUCUCUACCCCAAACUCCUCGCCUCCGUCAAAACGCAGUUAGUCUGGCUCACCGAUCAAACGAUCGGCGUUUUGGGCAUCGGCUACGACGCCGUUUUGGUCUCCCUAUUGCGCCAAAUCGCCGGCGCUGAUUGCGGGGAUGGCAAUUUGUGGCUCUGCUCCAGGUUGGUCACCCUCUUUCUGGAACAGUGGCACUGCUUAUUGGAAGACGCGCCCCACGUUUUGUCGUUCGCGUUGUACACGUUUCUUAGGGUUCUAACAGAUCAUUGCAGGGGUGUUAGCGUUGAAAAGUUGGAGACUUUGAAGCGGUUGGAGAUUCAUCUGUGUGUGAAGAUUGUGAGGGAAGAGUUUCACUUGUGUUUGAAAAUUGGGAGGGACUUUAUUCGCUUGUUACAGGAUUUGGUUCAUGUUCCCGAGUUUAGGGCUAUAUUGAAAGACAUUGUGUUUAAUCCAUGUGUGUUUAAUGUUGUGGGGUUUCAGUUUAAGGAUGUCUCUCAGAUUUACUUCACCAGGACUUCCAGUAGGUAUUCUCUGCUUAGAAUCAGUCCUGACAUGGAGACCCAAUUGAGGUUUUUGCUUACAAGCAUAAAGUUGGGCCAUCACAAGAGGCAUCAGCUUUGGUUUGCUAAGAAGUUUUUGAAUGAGCCUGAUAAAGAGUUUGUCAUAGUUGAUAUUGUGAGGUUUAUAUGCUGUGCACACCACCCUUCAAAUGAGAUCAUUCAAUCUGAUAUUGUUCCUAGGUGGGCGCUUAUUGGUUGGCUUUUGACCUCUUGUAGGAGUAACCAUGUUGUGGCUAAUGUGAAACUGGCUUUGUUUUAUGACUGGCUCUUUUUUGAUGAAAGGGUGGAUAAUAUUAUGAACAUUGAGCCUGCGGUUCUACUCAUGGUGCAUUCUGUUCCCAAUUAUGUUGACAUUACUCAUGCUCUUCUUGAGUUCUUGUUGCAUCUUGUGGACAAUUAUGAUGUAGAACGGAAGGGUAUGAUGAUUAAAGGUGUGUCAUCGGCUUUUCAGUUGCUUGUGCGGAAAGGCGUGAUUCGGUCUCUUGAUGUUUUGAUUUCUUGUCCUGCACUUCCCCCUGGUUUGAAAGAGGGGUUGAAAAGGUUAGUAGCCGGGGGAAAGGUUGGAAGCUCUUGA